AUGGCCAUUUUAUGUCAACACUGUUUGUACACCAACUUCUUAGGAAGUAAUGAAAAAAGCAUUGACGUUUAUUUAAAUCUUACACAAAAACUCAAAGCAGUAAAUUUUAUAAAUUUUAUCUAUAACAAUUUUUUAUUCCUUAAUGUUUUCAUUGUUUUCUCGUCACGUGGUUCUCUUAAUUUUUCAUUAUACAGUGAGUAUCGUGUAAGUAGUAAUUGUUUUUAUCAUCACCGGAUUCUGACACCGAAAAUGUCACUUCAAAAGUUUCCUCUCGAUGGUAAAAUUAGUUGUCUAUCAGAGAAGGAAGUCACAUAUUCUUUUUUUAUAAAAAAAUGUGGUGUUUUUAAAUCAGGACCAAGUUGGGACAUCACCUUCCAAUUGAACCGCAACUACGGCCUGACGGCAAUGAAUUCCGACCUCGACUUUCCAAUGGACAUCACUACACCACCCAAUGAGCAGCUCUACUCAGUGCCAGCUCAGACUCUCUUCAGUGAUAAGCAACUUCCAAAAGAUUCACUCUACAUGCAGCUGAACUUUGAACCCAACUCCUCACUCACCGAGUUCUACUUCCUCGCCAUUCGUGAUCCCGAUGAGACUCUGCGUUUUGCCCUUUCCAUGUACAAGAAUAAGCCACAAAGUUACGGAGUCAAACUACAGUACAACCUGUUGAAUUCCAGCGAGGGUGAACGUGUAAUUGAUUUUCUGUAUCCUCCAUCACCCUCCUACUGGAGACUGGGCGUCCUGAUUAAGGCGGAUUCUGUAAGUCAAUGUGCAUCGUUUUUAACUCCCAGGUGUAUCGUUUCGUGCAUAGCAUUUUGCCCUUCUAAAUUAAUCAAAGAAAACAGAUGUAUCAUGCAAGGAAAAGCUUUUCGAUUCUUGACAUUUGGAGAGUGCUUGUCAUUUUAUUCCUUAAUUAAUGACGGAACAAUUGCUCUACACCGAUAUUACCAAAGAGGAGAAAGUCGAGGAAGCAGACAAUUAGUGAGUCAAAAAUCACCCUUUUUGCGCAUUGGAUCAAAUUCAUUACUUGACUCCCAAAGUUGUCAAAUGUAUCCAAGGUCUACAGACUCCAGUUGUGCACUAAAAUUUGUUAAAGACUAUUUUCUUUUGCCUUUAAGAAGAAAUCUCAUCUUCAGUUAA